UGCAGCACGUCAGAGCCGUCCUCCAGCGCCUCCUAGAGAACCACCUCUACUGCAAGGCCGAAAAAUGCGAACUCCACACUACGCGGACUCGGUUCUUGGGGUAUGUGGUCUCUCCUGGGCAGGUCCAGAUGGACGACUCUAAGGUUCAGGCCGUCCUGGAGUGGCCGGUUCCCUCUGACUGUAGAUGUCAGCGGUGAAACAGGGCGGUCGGAUUCAGACCUCAAGUCCCAAAUACAUGAACUGAUUGGAAGAAAUGAAGAACUGAGACAGGAACUGAAGGCGGCUCGGGAAGAGGCAACCAACAGCUACAGUCGGCUCAUGAGAGCCGAAGAAAAGGUGAGCCAGCUGAAACGUGAACUGGAGCAGCACAGGAAGUCCGGCAGCAGUGGAGUUGUCCCUCGACCUCUGACCCUUCCUGAGGGCCUGAGUCCCAGCAGCACUGAGGUCAUCAGCUCCCUAAAUGUAUACGCCGUUCGAUUGCUUCAGGAGCUCGGGAACAAGGAGGAAUUAAACAAGAAACUCACUGUAACGUUGGAGGAGUACAAAGAAAAGUUUGCUGUAGUGAGCCAUCAGCAGGGACUUCUCUAUAAGGAGCAUCUAAGUGAGAAGGCAGAGUGGCAAAAAGAGAAAGAAACACUCACAGAAAUGAAGACCAAGCUGGAGGAACAAAAGCAGGUGGACAGCAUUAAAAUCCAGCAAUUUAAAGAUCUGCUAAACACUCUUGAGAAAGAACCAGAGGACAUCCGGAGGCAGCUGAGCGAAGCUUUUCGUAAGGUGACAGUGCUGACGGUGAAUGAGAUGAAGCUGACUCGCCGCUACACCACCCUGCUGGAACAACAACAGCACCUCCGCAAGGAGAACAGCAAACUGAAGGAGGAGAGCAGCCACAUGCGGGUGUCCGUCAUUCAGAGGAUCGGCCACCUGCAGCGAUACAAGGAAACGGCUGCAUAUCAGAUAGCAGCUCUGCAGAAGGCCUUGGACGAUAGCGUGCCCCUGUCAGAACUGGAGAGGGCGAACAGACAGUAUACAGAGCUAACCAUCAAAUACAGAGACGUACUGCAGAGGGACAGCUGCCUCAUACAGAGAUCUACCAACCUCCAGCAUUUGCAGAGUGAAAAUGAUUCCCUGCAAGAACAAAUCAGUGCCAUGAUUAAAGAACUGGAGAUCACAAAGGAGAAACUCAAUACCCUGGAGCAAGCAUGGGAGAAAGUCAACACAGUUGGUGCAGAAACAGGCCUAGAUAAAGAAGGCAAGGCAACAAUCAACAAUGAAAUGGUCUCUGCUGCGAGAAGGAUCACCACUUUAGAGAUGAAGGAGCUGAAUGAGAGGCAGAGAGCUGAGCAUGCCCACAAAAUGUACGAGCAUGUGAGGAACUCCCUGAAGCACGUGGAGGAGCGCAACUUGGAGCUGGAGUCCAAAUUUGCAGAGUUGACCAAGAUGAAUGCUGAGGCCCAAAAGACUGAGCGAGAGCUAAGAGAUGAGUUGCCGCAAAGCAUCGGCAAAGCUGUGAGCGAUGCUGACAGGGCCAGGAUCGCAGAGCUGGAAAAGGCUGAGGUGGAGCUCCGGACUGAAGUUUCAAAGCUUCAGGAGGUGUCAGAAGUUGCUUUGACUCAGGUUGCUGCUUUACAGGCCAAACACAAGUCUAAAGAUAAAGAAGUAGAAACUUUGAAGACACAAAUACUAGAUUAUCAGUCACAGUCAGAUGAGAAGGCUCUGAUCGCAAAGCUCCACCAGCACAUUGUUGCUCUGCAGCUCAUUGAGUCGGCAGCUCUGGAAAAACUGGAUUCCUCCACAACCCGCAUCCAGCAGCUGGAGGCCCACAUCCUAAGAGCUGAGCACUGUCUGGACGCCGCCGAGCGCUUCCUUUUUCUCGCCCGCCAAGAGGCCAAGAAUCGCUCGAGGCAUCUGAGGCAGACCAUCCAGUCACUACGAAGGCAGUUUGCUGGAGCGCUGCCACUUCCUAAGCAGGAGAAGUUUUCUGUAGCCAUGCUGCGACUCCACGAGGAUAGAGUGAAGGCCCAGGAGGAGACGAAGAAAGCUGAGGAGGAGAAGCGGAGGGUCCAGGGAAGAGCCGAGGAACUGGAACUGAGACUUCAAGGCCUGCAAGGGCUCAUGUCAACUCUGAAGGAUGCAAAAGGAGCACAGAAGGUAACUGAGUGGCACAAAAGGAUGGAGGAGGCUCGACUGCAGGAACUGAGAAAAGGAAGGGAGCUGGUAUUCCAGAAAGAGGAGAUCAGGUACCUGAAGAACCUUGUGGGAGAGCAGGACCAAACCAUCCGCUCACUGGAAGAGGAAAUUGUUCAGCUGCAAACACUUAACGAAGAGCAACAGCUUGCAAGAGACCAACGGGAAGUGGAGUUGGAGCGCCAACUGGAGGACUACGAGAAGCACCAGAGUGAGAUCGUCGGCAGUGUUGAGAAGUUGAAGGAAAAGGAAGCAGCUCUGCGGACUGCAGAGCAGAACAUCUUAUCCAGGGACAAAGUCAUCAAUGAGCUGCGUCUUGGUCUCCUAGCCACUGCUGACAGAGGCCGCCUGCCGGCAGACCUUACCAGAAAGGAAGAGGGUCAGUCAGAUACCCAGCAUGCCUUCAUGGUGGCCCAACAGACCAUCACAGACCUGCAGGGACGACUGGAAAAGAAGGAAGACUUGCUCAGGAAGUACCAGAACCAGCUGGCUAAAGCCAGACAGGAUCAGGACGAAAUGAUAAAAAGACAUCAGGACGAGUUGAGGAUGUUGCAUCAGAAGUUGGACCUAAAUACAGACGCCUCCCUGGAUCGUUUCAAACAGACAGCCAUGGUGACUGACAUCCCAUUUUCCAAAUACAAGUCUGAAAUCAGAAAAGUCAGGGGACUGCUUCUCUUUGUCUUUGUUCAGGAGUUGAUGAAGAAGCCGACCAUCAGGCUGCCGACCUCUCAGCACCUGGAGCGGCUGGCUGAGUUGGAGCAGACUGUGACGGAACAGGAAAUUUCUCUGGGCUCCAUCACAGAGAAGCUGAAAAAGGCGUCUGCUGAGCUGGAGAAACAAGGAAUCACCAUGGAGACACAAGCUAGGAAACACAAGGAUGACACAGCAAAACUGGAGGAACAUUAUACUGCCCAGAUGAAAGCUUUGACUGAUCAGACUCAGGAUCAUCAGAGCCAGAUGGCUCAGAUGGAGAAGGUGAUGAACAACAUCCGUACAGAGCUGGAAGCACAAAAGGAGGCCAACGCCCGUUCCCCCAGCAACACCAUGAAAAACCUGAAGGCACAACUUACCCAGAAGGAGAAACAGCUCAAGGCUCUCAGCAAGGCUCUGCUGGAGCUGCGGGCAGAGAUGACGUUGGCUGCUGAGCAGCAAGUGAUAGCUAGUGCUGCGCAGAAAGAGGAGUCUCAAUGUUCAGAUGCUGAUUGACAGACACACCAAAGACCUGAAGGCACGGGUGCAGGAGCUCAGUGAAGAACUGCUCACUGCUAAGGAGUCUGUGAGAGCAGCCAGAGGCCGGGAACACAUCCUGAAAGAGGAAGUGGACAGACUGAACCAAGA